CUGUUGCGCUCAGUGAGCCUUUUUCCGCGCUGCAUGCUUUCUGCUGUGUGUCGGAGUUUAAGUUGGCGUGGUAUUUUUGGGGGUUUAGCUGGUUUACAUUCACUCCGCUGUUUGUCUCGUGCUUAAGGGCUUUUCUGUCUCGGUACAAAUCUCCUGCGAAGCCCCAGAGCAACAGAAAGUGUAAACUUUUUUCUUUGGAGCAGCCUGGCAACAUGGACAUGAAGAAGAGGAUCCAUUUGGAGCUGAGGAACAGAACCCCGUCUGAUGUGCAGGAACUUGUUCUGGAGAACUGCAGAUCGAAUGAGGGGAAGAUCGAAGGUCUCACAGCUGAAUUCGUCAAUCUGGAAUAUCUCAGUUUGAUAAACGUCGGAUUAAUCUCUCUGUCCAACCUGCCCAAACUCGCCAAGCUCAGAAAGUUGGAACUCAGCGAUAACAGAAUCUCCGGCGGUCUUGAGGUUUUAGCGGAGAAACUCCCGAGCCUGACGCAUCUAGACCUGAGCGGAAACAAACUGAAAGACAUUAGCACGCUGGAGCCUCUGAAAAAACUGGACCACUUGAAGAGUCUCGAUCUGUUCAACUGUGAAGUGACGAAUCUGAAUGGCUAUCGGGAGAGCAUGUUCAAACUGCUGCCUCAGCUCACUUACCUGGACGGAUACGACGCAGAGGACCGCGAAGCUUCCGACUCGGAUGGAGAAGUGGACGGUGUAGACGACGAUGAAGACGAGGAGGGGGAGGAGGAGGAGGACGGUGAGGAGGAAGACUUGGAUGAGGAGGAGGAUGAAGAUGAAGAUGAGGUAGAAGGAGAGGAAGACGAAGUCAGUGGAGAAGAUGAGGAGGAAGACUUUGCACAGGAUGGAGAGGUGGAUGAUGAAGAUGAUGAUGAUGAUGAAGAUGAUGAUGAAGUCGUCACGAAGGGAGAGAAAAGGAAGAGAGAUGCGGACGAUGAAGACGAGGAUGACGACGACGAUGAUGAUGAUGAUGAUGAAUAAAAUCCAACCAGCCAAUCAGCUUCCUCUACUCCUCCCGAACCCCACCCUCCUUUUUUUUACACGCUUACCUCAGUUGCCCCGCCCCUCUAUUUUCCCCCUCUGUAUUUCCACCCUAAUGGGGAUGAGACUGUACUACAUGGGCGGGGCAUGUGGAACUGAGAGAGAGCUAUUGGUCAGGCUACUCAUCAUUCCACAUGUUCACAACUCGACCCUGCCCAUGUUCCCAAGCCCCGCCCCUUCCCCCCGUGUGUGUGUGUGUGUGUGUGAGUGUGUGUGAGAGGACUUUUGGGAUCUAGAUUUGGGUCUGUGCUUUUAAUAUUUUUUUGGAGAAGUGUUUUUUUUUCUCAUUUGUUUUUCCCCUUAUUUUUAUUUUUUUGUCUCUUUCUUGGUUCACUUUCUCAAUAAGAUUAUCGCUAUAGCAACCAGGUGAUGAGCGAGCCAUCAUUUUUAGCGUGGCAGCUCGUCACACCCCUCAGUGUCACUGCUAAAUUUUUACUUUCUGUAAGACGAAGAAUACAAACUUUGUAAAUAAAAUGACAUUUUGUGC